ACCUCGCCCUUUUCUGUACACUCUAACACGAGCGAAAAGAGGCUUCAAAAAACAUCAUUUGACGCUCUCUCUCCGUCUGUUUCUGCGGAUUGUAAUGCUGUAAUAGUGUCUGCAUUAAAGUAUCACUUGGUGGCACAGUUUUGGUCCUCUUUUGUCUUAUAUCGAAUACAGUAUGAAGGAGUCUAGUGGUUUGAAUCAGAUUGAUGUUGCCUUUUUACGAGCUGCAAGAGCUGGCAACCUUGAAAAAGUGAUCAAUUUUUUGAAUGAUGGGGGCGACAUUCAUACAUGCAAUGCUAAUGGCCUCAAUGCUUUGCACUUGUCUGCCAAGGAAGGUCACUUGGAAGUUAUGGCUGACUUAUUGAAAAGAGGAGCCAAUGUAAAUGCAACGACUAAGAAAGGAAAUACAGCACUUCACAUUGGAGCUCUGGCUGGACAAAGAGGAGCUGUUGAAGUGUUGCUGGAGAAUAAUGCAGCUGUGAAUGCUAAAGCUCAGAAUGGGUUCACACCACUGUACAUGGCUGCUCAAGAAGGUCAUAGUGAUGUAGUCAAGGUACUGCUUAAUAAUGAUGGUAACCAACAAGUAACCACAGAGGAUGGGUUUACACCAAUUGAUGUGGCUGUUCAACAGGGACAUGACAAAGUUGUAGCGAUUCUACUUCAUAGUGACUCCAAGAAAGGUUACAGAUCACUACAUGCUGCAGCAAGAAAAGACUUUGCUAAAGCUGCCAAGUUGCUGUUGCAAAAAGGACAUCCCCCAGAUGUUGAAGCACCGAAUGGAUUUACCCCUUUGCACAUUGCUGCUAAAUAUGGUAAUGCUAAUGUUGCUAACAUCUUGAUCCAAAAUGGUGCWUCUAUUGACUAUACAACCAAGAAUUACAUUAUUGCUCCACUGCAUGUCGCAGCCAAAUAUGGUCAUCUAAACAUUGUCACCUUGUUAGUGGAGAAAGGUGCUAAGGUUGACAUUCCAAACAAAGACAGUCUAACACCAAUGCACUGCGCAGCAAGAGAUGGACAUGAAAAAGUUGUUGAGUAUUUGAUACAGAAAGGAGCAUCAUUAACAUCACGGACCAAGCAUGGACUCACCCCUUUGCACAUGUCUUGUCAAGGCAAUCAUGUCAAAACAUCAGCAAUUUUGAUUGAUAGCAAAGCUCCUGUCAAUGCUGUAGCAACUAAUGGUUUGACUCCUCUCCAUAUUGCUGCACAUUAUGGGCAUGUUGAUAUUGCUGAGUUGUUAUUGGACAAAGGUGCAGAUACUGAUGCGAGAGCUAGGAAUGGCUUCACUCCAUUGCAUGUGGCAUGUAAAAAGAACAGAGAGCCAGUUAUUCAGUUGCUUCUGAAAUACAAUGCUAACGUUCACUCUGCUAAUGAAGGUGGUCAAACUCCUAUGCAUGUCGCUACCUACUACGGUAAUGUCACCUUGGUCUUGAUACUACUACAGCAUGGAGGAUCACCAGAUAUUACUAACGUAAGAGGAGAAACAGCUCUCCACAUUGCCUGCCGCAGGAAACAAAUUACUAUUGUUCGUUUGCUGUUGAGGAAUGGAGCAGCAGUAGAUGCAAAGACACAGGAUCGAGAAACGCCACUUCACAUUGCUAUACGAACAAAAAACCUUGAGAUGGCCAAUUUAUUGCUUGAUCAAGGAGCUUCACCUGAUUCAGUGGACAAGAACAAGUGUACACCUUUGCAUAUUGCAGCCCGAGAAGGUGAUGAGGAACUGGUAGCUACUUUACUUGAGCAUAAGGCAAAUGUCAAUCUCCUCUCUAAGAAAGGAUUCACUCCACUACAUGAAGCUGCUAGGCGUGGKCAUGUCCAUAUUGUGAACAUGCUACUCAAAUACUAUGAAACACCUGAUCCUGAAGGGAAACAUGGUCUAACUCCUCUACAUGUUGCUGUACACUAUGAUCAUGCAGACAUUGCUAUGAUUCUACUUGACAAUAAUGCUUCACCAUAUGCUAAGGCUAAGAAUGGGUUUACACCAUUACAUAUUGCAGCCAAGAAAAAUCAAAAAGAAAUUGCCACUACUUUGCUUGAACGUGGCGUUGAGCCAGACACUGUAACACAAACUGGAAUAAGCCCUCUUCAUCUUGCUGCAAAGGAAGGCAAUGUGGAAAUGUGUCAACUUCUUAUGGAUAAUGGUGCCUCGCCAGGAAUUACAACUAAUAAUGGACUAACUCCUCUUCACCUGACUGCACGUGAGAACAGAGUAGAGGUAGCCAAACUACUGCUGAGAUUCAAUGCACCCAUUAAUGCCCAGACAGUUAGUGGGUUUACACCAUUGCAUAUUGCUUGUGUGUAUGGUCACUGGGAGAUUGUAGAGCUGCUAYUAGACCAAGGAGCUGAUAUUGAAGCUGCAACAAAGAAUGGAUAUCAACCACUUCACCUUGCUGCUCAGUAUGGACAUAAGACAAUCAUUGAAAUACUUUUGCUGAGAAAUGCUCCACCAGAUGCCCUGACUAAUGAAGGCUAUUCAGCUCUGUACAUUGCCCAAACAGUGCAUCAUAAUACGAAUAUUGUGGAAAUACUGUCAAAGGUCACACAUAUCACACAAACUAUCAGAAUAACAAGGAAGCCUGGUGAAGAAGGAGAGGAAGAACCAGAGAUAACAUUCAGUGCAGAACCAGAAGAACUUGAAGUGGAAGAAAUGAUGGAUGAAGUGGAACAACACGAAGAUGAAGAAGAAGUAAAGGAAGAAGCUUAUGACCGGUUCAUGACUAUGGAAGACAUGGUAGAAGUUUCUGAAGAUUCUGAUAUUAAGGCAUCCGCCCAAAAGGCAGGACGAGACUCAGGCAUCUUUUCUACUCGAUAUUCUGGCUUCUUUCAAGAUGGCACACCAUUGACUGGUUCUCGUGCUUCUGAUCUGGAUCACAGUCGGUACUCUGACCUUAACUUAUCCACUAGUUUACAGGAGUCAUCUGAGGUGAUMACAGCAAUAGAAGGAGGCCUUGUUGAGUGUGAACUACCAUCAAGCCUGGCUGACAUGCAGGUGGACAAUGUGCCUUUGUAUGAACCUCCAGUCACUGGUGGUUUCUUGGUCAGUUUUAAUGUUGAUGCGCGAGGUGGUAAAAUGGAGAGUACRCAGACUGGUAUUAAAGUAGUGCUUCCUCCACGCUCUUGUCAAAUGCCUAAUAGAAUCACAUGUAGAUUGCUAAGAUUGAGUAAGCCUACACUUCUCCCUCCAAUCCACGAAGGAGAAGGACUGGCAUGCAGAGUACUUGACGUAGGACCCACUGGGACAAAGUUCCUACAGCCUAUCUACUUCCAAGUACCACAUUUUGCCUCAAUUAGAGAUGGUGAACGUGAACUUGUCGUCAUGAAGACUGAUGAUGGUGGAUGGAACUGGGAUGAAGUUAGCAUUGAAGAUAACAAGGAUAUGGAUGGAUAUCAAGAUGAAUCACAAGAAUCUAGCUUCUCUCUUAAGCGCUACACAAAAAUCACUACAAGAGAGCUCCCCGAGCGCUUUGCAGUUGUUUCUCGUCUCAAGAAAGAAAGUUUUUCUGUUGGUUCCCGUGGAGAAACCAUGCAGUCAGCAGUGUUAGGUAAAGUUAGGGUCACUAUACCUGAAGGGGCUGUCUCUUCUGGAACAAAAAUCUCUAUGCAGGUGCAACCCGUUGAUGAAAGUUUCAACAACCUUGAAGAGUGGGUGACUGUUAGCCCUGUAUUGACUUUGGAACCCAACAACAUCACGUUUAAUAAGCCAGUUACAGUAGCUAUACCAUGCCCUGUGUAUUCCGGUUCUUCAAACGUUGACUUUCAGCCAUCGUUACGUUUGUUGUGCUGCUUUCCUAAGGAUACGACUAAUGAACCCAAAACGCCCAGUUACCAGUGGCAAGACAUAACCGAUAGUACUCCACUAAAAGUUAUGGGGGAUAGUGCCACAUUUACCAUCAAUAGACCAGCAAGGUACUGGCUGAUUGAAACCAGGAACCCAGAUAAUGUCACUACUGAUGCACGGUUAAUUUACCGCAAGCUGUCGGCUGUACCAUACUUAGCUAAGUUCGUGGUUUUUGCUAAGCUGUCAGCCGAUGGAACAGAAGCGCGUCUACGAAUAUUUUGCAUCACUGACGACAAGGUCGACAAGACUCUGGAAGGACAAACAGGAUUUGUUGAAGUUGCAAGAAGCAGAGAUGUAGAGGUAUUUGAAGGUCGGCCAAUUCAUAUCCGUUGCCUUGGCAACAUGACUCCUGUCAAUCGAGAACCGAUGCAUUUGAAUUUCUUCGCUUUUCGAGAAAAUCGAUUGUCAGUAGCAGUACGCCCUACAGACCCAAGCCAAUCCAUGAACUGUAGAUUGGCAUUCCUUAAAGAACCAAAGAAAGACAGGCAAGGCAACAUUCAGACAAUCUGCAAUCUUAACAUCAACCUAUCUGAAAAGGACCUGAAGAGAGAUAUCGGUCUUAGAAAGCUCCCAGACUCCUUGCUGUCACUUGUAGCUCUGGAGACUGCAAAUGACUGGAGAAAUUUGGGUCAAGAGUUAGGAUUUACAGACGAUGAACUUCAGGAAAUAGCCAAUAAAAAGGAUGAAUCUCCUCAUGAGUGCGCAGAGGAAGUGCUCAUGACAUGGCGUGAUUCAAAAGAACCUGAGCCUGACAUGCCUAAACUAGAGACGGCUUUGAAAAACAUCAAUCGUGAGGACGUGGAUUUCAAGCGAUUAGCAUACAGCAGCUACUCCAAAGGACCCAUCACCAUCACUGAGACGACUAUUACUCGGACAAGCGAAGCCGUAGAGUCACCUCGCAGCGAGUCUUUGGUCGAACGAAUCUCAGAACCUCCUCGUAGCGAGUCACCUCCUCGYAGCGAGUCGCCUCCUCGUAGCGAAUCUCCUGUCGGAAGGAUUUCAGAAUAUCUUAGCAGUGAAACGGCCAAUUCUGAAAUGUUUGAUGAUUUGAAGUCUCCAACGACAGAAGUGUUCGUCGACGAACCUGAUUCCAGUGACACGUCCCAUCAUACGGAAGUACGUACAGUAACAGUAACCGAAACUAGUGAUGGCGACACGGUCACUAGAGUAGAGACGACAACCAUUCAGCACGAUGAAGAUGAAGAUGAAAAACAACGACGUAUUAAAGAAAUGUUUGCCAACGAUAAGGGGGUUUUAGAUUUCUUUAGUGCGGAUGACGAGCAAAAGCCCCCCACAGACGAAACAGAAAUUUAGUAUCAGUUUGAGAUWUGAGCAUGAUAGUGGACUUACAAGGAACAAUUCUAUUUAAAGUAAAAUGUGUGCGUUCAUGAGGUAAUAUAAAUUUCAUAACUUAGUUAGCAAGUCAUAGUUUUAUUAGGCAAAGCCGUAAUAUUUGAAUUUUCAUCUUACCAUAACUUAGACGAAUGUAUCGUAAUUUGUUGGUGCUCAUUGUUAAAGGCUUAUCUAAAGCUUAACCUAAUGGAAUGCCUAUUAAUUAAGUUAACUUUUUAAUGAUAGGUUCUUCAAAUUUUUGAAACUCGACAACAAUCAUGUAAUCUGAUCUGAUUGACCAGAUCUUUUAAGUCUUCUUAGAAAUUGUGGUAGUUAUUUGACAUUCCCUUUCGCAAGGAUGACAACGAGUUAUUGUAAAAUCAGUAUAUAGUGCGUAAUAAACUACUUACAACAUUGGG